AUGUCAAUAUUUUCAUAUAUCAUUGCUACAGGUUUAUUAUUUUAUGUACUUAAAUUUCCACUUCCAAAAUCAUCCUUAAUAUCUUUAGAUCAAAUUAAAAAACAUCAAAAGAUUUAUUUUUGUAAAACUUAUCAUGCGAGGUUUUGGCCCAUUAAUCAUUCUUUUAAAUAUCCUAUAAUAUUUGUUGGAGUUGAUUUGGAUUUAUUAGAACAAGAGAAAUAUAAGAAAAUCGGAAAGAAAUUGUUUGAAAUCGGAUAUAAUAAUAGUUCAAUUUUAUUAAAUAUAAAUGAUGAGGAUUAUCUCGGAAAAAUCAAUGUUGAUGAUCGUAAUUUAGAAAAUCCAUAUCUGCAAAGACCAAAAAAACAGAUAAAGUCAAUCAAAGAAAAAUUAUUAUGGCAUAUCAAACGACAUAUACAGAUUCCGAACAUGAAUUUCGAAAUGGGCAAGUAUGAUAUGAGUUUUACCAUGAAACGAUCUUUUCAUGUGUCACCAUUUAACGAUCGUUUAGGAAUUUACAAGGCAUUCUGUAAAGAUCCUAAAUCAGGUUAUUUGGAUAUGAGGAUCGUAAUGUACGCGGAUCCAUCACUUUCGGAUCAUAAGUAUUUACCAUCCGAAAAUAUCAUUCCGAGUAAAUCUCAAUUUAAAAAGAAAAUGGUCGCUACCGCAUCAGGACCUUCAUACGCCUUAACGAUGAAAAGUUUAUUAUAUGCUAUAUUGACAUACCCUUUUGAAAUAUUUUUAACCUUUCCAAGGAUUUUAAAAGAAGCGUACACAUUACAUUAUAAUAAAACGUUAGGGGUUUAUCAUAGGCCAAUUCCCGUUGAUGACACUGUCGUGAAAUUGGAACCAAAUUCAAUUGAUUUGUAUACAUUCGUUUUUAAUUUCUUGGAAAGGGAGGUGGGAUAUGCUCAAAAAAUCAUCACGAGUUAUUUAGGUCACCUAGUUGACAACGUAGACAAUUCAUUCAGAUCAACUCAUAUUACAAUAAAUUUACCUGACAAGAAGAAAUCGCCGAUCAUAAUACGUCCAUCAAAUUUACUUUCGACUAUGAUAUUACCAUAUUCAAAUCAUAUAAUUAUCAACCUUCAUAAUUAUUCAUUCUUUACGAAUUUCUUAAUAAAUCAAAAUCUUUAUAGGGCUUUAUUAAUAGGUUAUUUUGAAAAAUCAUGGGAUUGUAACGAAUUGGAAUUGUUAUUAAACAUGAUCUUUAAUAAUAAAUCAUGCGAAGAGAAGGAACCUUUACACAGAGAUCAUAAAACUAGUUUAAGCAAUUUUGAAAAUAGAAUAUCAAAGUUAAGGAGAUGGUAUUGGAAAAAAUUAUUUAAGGACCCAGAAAGUUCGGGUGAAAGGGCCAAAAAGGAAUUUGAUCAAUUAUUACAAAACAUGUGGCCUCCUACAGGUGUUAAAGAGGAUUUCAUUGCUACUAUAGUACAAAAUAACGUUUGUUUUGAUAUUAGACUGAACGCAACAGUAUCUGUAGCGUUAAGAGAUUUAUUGGCGAUAAAUAAUGAAGGAAGUAUCAUAGCAUUAUUUUGUUAUACCCACCUUUAUAUGUUAUCCCCAAUCACGUAUCCCUUAUCGACAACAAUAUCAAAAAUAGCUCCGAUCAUAGAAUCAAAACUUCACUUAUUGCCAUUUCCGCCAAGGUACCUACCAUAUGAGAAUAAAGAACCAUUAAAACAUCCAAUAGAUAGAUUCGUAUAUUCGAGCAACCUAUUUACUGAUCAAGAUAAACUCAAGUAUACAUGGAUGAUGUUAUUAAUGGUAUUGGGUUAUAAAAACGAUGCGGGAUUAUGGCAAAUAUUUACAGGAUUUGUGGAAGGACCUAGAGGUAAUCCUUAUUUUGCUGAAAAAUGGUUAUGGGAAGGGAUUGUUGAUUUAUUAAAGAGGUAUGAAAGAAACGAAGAGGAUGAGGAAGAAGAACAAUGGGUUGAAUGUGAUAGUGAUAUUGAAAGUGUUAAAAGCAUCAGCGUUUACAGUUCAAAUGAAAAAACUGACUAUAAUACAAAGAAAAAUACAUUUGAUGGCUGGGAACUUGUUUAUGAAAGGAUAAAUGGUUAUGAUAAUUUACAAAGAGUUAAAUCAAUAUCUACUCCACCUUUACCACCACCGAUAUCAUCACCAAAUGCUUCUAAACCUAAGCAACUUAUUAAUCAUAAUCCUGUAAUAGAAGAAGACAGACAACAGAGAUUAUGGUUAUUUAUUAAAACUUUUAGAGAAGUGGUAUUAUUGAGAAAUGAUUUAAAUUAUUAG